AUGGAUUCACCAACGACUGGAGACUGGAAGCCAGCGGGAGAUCCAGAUCAUAGGACGCUCAUUGUAAGGGGGGUGGAGGAAGGACAACAAAGUCGUCAAAAGGGCCACCAUCUUGCUCGAUCACAAACCCCGAACUCGGCACAUGCGGAGGACCAGAAUUGCCAACACCCUACGGGGAGGCGCCUCUUCUUUUCUUUUUCUCGCCUCUGCUCGAUAGCCGGUCCUGGUCUUUCCAGCAGACAACAGGGCCAACCUGCAGCCCGUCUCUACGUUAUUGUCCACAUCUGGUCAUGUGGCGAACUCUGUGUCGGGACAGGAGAGAGCCCAGAGAGGAGAGAGAAGUACAGAGAGGGACACGGAGAGAGCCAAGGCAGGCAGGUAAGCAGGCCAAAGCAGGACCAUUCUGAAGUCCUACCCUGUUCCCUCGUCUCCGAGCUCUUCGCACCUUUGGGUCUCUUUCCUGAAUCCUGCCCGCCGCCAUUCCCUUCCCUUCCCUCUAACCCCCCCGCUCCUCAUUCCGCCAUUACUCGCCAAGCCGAUAUUGGCCCAAAAGUCCAAACCGAACGCACCAUCCCCAAGGCCCCAAGGCCCAGGCACAACAGAGGGAAAUAA